GUACCUCAUACGCCCGUGCGCUGUAAUUCAACCAAGAUGGCAGCCGCCACGUCCUCUGAAAGAUUUGGAGGUGCAGUCGAAAAUUUGACAGAAAUAAGUGAAAUCCAAAGUGCUUUGGUGAAACUCUCAAAGGAGGAGCAAUCAGUUACAGAUGAGAUUGAUCUGUUGCUGGAUCACCAUGGCCAUCUUGAAGCUAAAAUGAACUCCCUUCACAGAAUGGGUCCCAAUCUCCAGCAUGUCUCAACGGAUGCUAAAAAGCUGAGUGGAAUGAUCGGCAGUACAUCGGAGCUAGCAGAGAAUGUCAGCAGUAAAGUCAGGCAGCUAGACUUAGCUAAGAGUCUUGUGCAAAGUGCCAUUCAAAGAGUCAAUGAUAUCCUAGACUUAAAGUUUUGUACAGAUGGAGUUCAGACUGCCUUACAAUCGGAGGACUAUGAGAAGGCAGCUGGUCAUAUUCACCGCUACCUCACUCUAGAUGAGAAGGUUCUUAAACAGGCAUUGGAAGAUGCAGGGAACAGGGAAGGAAGCAGCAUUGAUGCAUCCCUCAAGGUACUGCAUGAAGCAGAGCAUAACCUCAAGGCCUUGGUCAGGAAGAAGCUUGACCAAGCCAUCAGCUCCUCGGACAGACCCUCUGUGGAGCGCUUCUUCAAGAUCUUUCCUUUACUCAACCUCCAUGAGGAAGGCCUGACCAAGUUCUCAACUUACCUACAGGCUCAGAUUGUGAGUAAUGCACGAGAACACCUUGAGAUAGCAUCCAGUGUCGAUAGCUCUGAUAGAAGAGCAGGGGUACUGUAUGCAGACGCUCUAACCAAUCUCUUUGAAGAUGUCGGCAAGAUCAUUGAAGUCCAUCAACCACUUGUGGAAACAUAUUACGGUCCCGGCAAACUAUUAACCUUGAUAGAAUCUCUUCAGAAGGAAUGUGACAGGCAGGCACAGAAGAUCAUCGAUAAGUUUGUAGAACAGAGAGAUUUCAGUAGGAAGUCACAACAAGUACAGCUAAGCUUGACCAGGACGACAUACAAGUCCUCUAAUGUCCAUGAUAAGUUGGAUCCCAGAGAUCUAGAUGUGUUGCUUGCAGAGUGUACCCUACUGAAUACAAGGACGGAACUCUACCUCAGAUUCAUAAGGAGGAGAGUUACAAGUGACAUAGAGGUGUGUGAUGAAGAUGGCCCUGCCAAGGAAGAGAGACUGUCUAGCCUGGACCGCAUGCUACGUGAUUGCGCCCUCAGUAGACGGAUGCAGGAGAUCAUUGGUAAUUACAUCGUCAUGGAGGAGUACUUCAUGAGAGAGACAGUCAUGAAGGCAGUGAGUAUGGACAUCAUAGAGCCUGGCUCACAUACAUCUAGCAUGGUGGAUGAUAUCUUCUUUAUUCUCAAGAAGUGUACAAGGAGAGCUGUAUCCAGCGGGAGUGUCGACUGUGCAUGUGCAAUGUUAAACCACACCAGUACGCUACUAGAGAGCGACUACCGGGAUGUCUUAUAUGGCAAGUUGAGGGCGGGCUUCCCAUCAGGGUCGUUUGACGUAAGUCAGGCCUACAGCAUGUUACAGCAGGGCCGGCUUCCUACUUCAGCUUCAGACACAAAUGCUGCAAAACUAGAAUUUCUGACCACCUUGAACAAUGUAGAAGUGAGCAUCGAGUACACGCAGACCCUGAAGAAGAGCCUGGUGGAGGAGUGUGCGAGUCUAGUCAGUCAGAAUGGUGGCAUGAGUAAAGACAAGCUAGACAUGUGUCUGAAUGAACUCACAACACAUACGCACAAAUUCAAAGAUGUUCUUGAGUAUGGUUUAAGUCAACUCAAUACCAGUGCCAUCAAACCACGAAUCAAACCCAUGGUGGACGUCUUCCUCUCGACGAGUCAUAACAUCAGCGAGGAGGAGUUCUCUAAUUACGAGGCAAACGAUCCGUUCGUACAGGAACUCAUCAUGAACCUUGAACAGCUACUCAAUGAAUUCAAAGAGCUACUGACAUCCAGUAACUAUGAUGCCUUGGUCAGCCUCCUGACAAGUGAAGUCACAGUGCAAUUGGAGAAAGCGGUUCUCAAAUCGGUCUUUAACAGGCUUGGUGGUCUCCAGUUUGACAAGGAGCUGCGGUCACUCGUUGGCUACCUGACCACGGUCACCCAGUGGACGAUACGUGACAAGUUUGCAAGACUUACACAGAUGGCUACCAUCUUGAAUCUAGAUAGGGUUACUGAGAUUCUGGAUUACUGGGGAUCAAACUCGGGACCUUUGACCUGGAGGUUGACCCCUGCAGAGGUCAGACAAGUGCUUUCACUAAGGUUAGACUUCCGAUCAGAAGACAUCAAAAGGUUAAAACUGUGAUGAGUGAGAUGUCAUCGUACU